UCACGCGCACAAAUCGUCCCUUCUGAGUUUCUCACCGGAGAACCAUUACCAUUUCCAUUGCACCCCGAAAUUGCUGCUCUCUCUCUCUCUCUCUCUCUCUAGGGUUUCGCGGGAUCAGAAUCCUUUUCUGAGAACGACUAUUUAUUACGCGCCGAGGAAUUGAGAUUUCUUGCAAUUGGAUAUUUGUUUUUGGGGAUUUGAAGCGAACUGUUAGAGAAUGUAUAGAAGGAUGAUUUGUUAAUCAUUGAGGUGAGGAAAUGGAUUCUGCGAGGAGUUGGCUUCAGAAGUUCCAGCCUCGGGAUAAAACGAGGGUAGGUGCAAGGAAGAAGGAUGAGGAUAGUAAUGGAGGAAAUCAAGAUUCGAAUGUACCGAUGGAUGAAGAAUCUCUUUCAAAUAUCACGAAGCAGAAGGUUGCAGCAGCAAAGCAGUAUAUUGAAAAUCAUUACAAGGAGCAAAUGAAGAACCUUCAGGAAAGGAAGGAGCGUCGAACCAUCUUGGAAAAGAAGUUGGCUGAUGCUGAUGUCUCUGAGGAGGAUCAAAACAACCUGCUUAAAUUUUUAGAGAAAAAGGAAACUGAAUAUAUGCGUCUUCAGAGGCACAAGAUGGGUGUUGAUGAUUUUGAGUUAUUGACUAUGAUUGGCAAAGGUGCAUUUGGGGAGGUCAGAGUCUGUAGGGAGAAGACUAGUGGUCAUGUAUAUGCAAUGAAAAAGCUAAAGAAAUCAGAGAUGCUUCGCAGAGGCCAGGUUGAACAUGUCAAAGCUGAAAGGAAUCUCCUCGCAGAGGUUGACAGCAAUUGCAUAGUCAAACUGUAUUGUUCUUUCCAGGAUGAUGAGUAUCUGUAUCUUAUUAUGGAGUACCUACCGGGUGGGGAUAUGAUGACUCUACUUAUGAGAAAGGAUACCUUGACAGAAGAUGAGACCAGAUUUUAUGUAGGAGAAACAGUUCUGGCUAUUGAAUCUAUACAUAAACACAAUUAUAUACAUAGGGAUAUCAAGCCAGACAACUUAUUACUUGAUAGAUAUGGACAUUUGAGACUGUCCGAUUUUGGACUUUGUAAACCAUUAGACUGUAGUACACUUGAAGAAAAGGAUUUUUCUGUGGGUCAGAAUUCGAAUGGAUCUACACAGAAUGACCAAAGUGCAGCUCCAAAACGCACUCAACAAGAACAACUGCAACACUGGCAAAUGAACAGGAGGACACUUGCUUAUUCCACCGUUGGUACACCAGAUUAUAUUGCUCCGGAAGUUCUUUUGAAGAAAGGUUACGGGAUGGAAUGUGAUUGGUGGUCACUUGGAGCUAUUAUGUAUGAAAUGUUGGUGGGAUAUCCACCUUUUUAUUCUGAUGAUCCAAUGUCAACAUGUAGGAAGAUAGUGAACUGGAAAUCUCAUUUAAAAUUUCCUGAAGAAGCUAGGCUGUCCCCAGAGGCUAAAGAUCUUAUUAGUAAACUUCUGUGUAAUGUCAACCAGAGGCUGGGUUCAAAAGGAGCAGACGAAAUAAAGGCUCAUCCAUUCUUUGUAGGUGUUGAAUGGGAUAAGCUAUAUCAAAUGGAAGCUGCAUUUACUCCUGAGGUCAAUGAUGAGUUGGAUACUCAGAAUUUUGAAAAGUUUGAUGAGGCUGACAGCCAAACUCAAUCAUCAUCGAGAUCUGGUCCAUGGAGGAAGAUGCUUUCAUCUAAGGACUUGAAUUUUGUUGGAUACACAUACAAGAACUUUGAAAUUGUCAACGACUAUCAAGUACCUGGGAUGGCUGAACUGAAGAAGAAAAACUCCAAACCGAAGAGGCCAUCCAUCAAGUCGCUUUUUGAAUGCGAGUCGGAGACAUUAGAGGUGUCUGAGGUUCCUGAUACGUCUGGAAGCAAUCAAUCUGGUCAAGGAAGCUUUUUAAAUCUCUUGCCACCCCAAUUAGAGGUAUCUCAGCCAGAGGAAUCUUCCUCCUAAAUCCUAACAAGGCAAUCUCAUGAUCCGACAGUGUUGGAACCAUAACUAAUGCAUAUAGCAUUUUGACUAUUUCCAUGUUUAAAAUAUCACCCUUGAUGCCUAUUCCACGUUUGGAUUUGUUCUUGGUUACACUAAUGGUUAUGAGGAAAGGCAAGAGGAAAGUGCUGUGUCUUGAAUCAACUAAUUAGCCUCAAGCGCUGGCUUGGACAAGUCUUUUUUGUCAGUCGCCACAACUUUUGAAUUGUAAAUCAAUCACUCUCCGCCGGUUGUCAAAUAUGCUACACUCUAAACAGAUAGCCAAUGUCAAUGAAUGCAGGAUAACAUUAAUAUUUGUGUUUUCUUUUAUAUUAAUGAUAGCAAAGCAUUUAUCCCUUUAAAAUUGCAGUGUAAUGUCUCU